CAGCCAAUGUCACAUGACCAUCGAUGCACGCUGUAGUUGUUUGUAGCCUCUUAGCUGCUACGCUAGCUCCUACGGCCACCGUGCUAGAUGCGCCGAAGGCCAUUGUGGACUGCAUCUGAGCUGCCAAUCCCCCUCCUACUCCCUCCGCGAUCCCGACUCCACCACAGCCCGAGGACACCCCAAGCACACAGUCCGACGUGCCCACGGCAGUCCCCACGGGACCUCCGGUGCGCGUCAGCAGGUGCAGCGUCCCGCGUGCUGGAACGUCGGCCUCCACCUCGCCGACCACAGCCAACGGACCCACGCUCGCCGCCACUCCAGCGGAGCCACCCGAGGCCAUCAACGGCACAAACACCCCGACCUCCAGGUCCACAACAGACGGUGGGACCAUGAAGACUGUUGUGGCUCUGCUGCUGCUCUGUCUGUGUGAUCCUGGACAGGGUGACUGCCAGGCAGACUGCAUGUCCUGCAGCAACGUCCUGCCCAAACAGCUCAGUUUCAACACAAUGGUGAGGGUGUGUCUCACUGAGUGCAAAGCUAAAGUCUCCCCAGCCUUCUCCUGGGACUUCUGUCGUAAGCUGCUGUCAUCGCCAAUCUUCUCUCUCACUGGUACCCUGCGUAAAAGAUCUCAGGAGGAGGUGGAGGCCCUGUUUCCUGAGGAGGAGAAAGUGGAAGGAGGACUACUGCUGCCCUUUGCAGUGCAGAGGUUCGAUCACGUGGCUCGGGCACUCGGGGUGGACGAGAGGGAUCUGGGUGGUAAGGGCAGUCAGCUGAACACUGCCUACAAUUCCCAGCAGGCCCUUUCUCUUGAGGAUGAGUAUGAUGAGGAGGCAGGGCAGGAAGAAGGGGCUGCUGACAUGGCAGCAAGAGGACAGAGUGAUGUAGGGCUAAGUGUCUCCAAGAGGUUCGGCGGCUUCGUCAAAGGCAGGCACGGCUACAGGAAGCAGAUGUUUCCAGGAAGAUCGUACCAGAAGAGGUAUGGCGGUUUCAUUGGCAUUCGCAAGUCAGCCCGCAAGUGGAACAACCAAAAACGUUUCAGCGAGUUGCUGAAACAGUAUCUGGGGAUGAGCACUAAGGCCACUGAGUUUAACAGUGUGUCAGAGGACCUCACCCAACAAAAUGAAGUUUAACAGAGUGAACCUUUACGCCGCUGACAUCAAACUAUUUCCUGAUGUAUUUUCACUGAUCAUGUUUUGUAUUUCAUCGACAUGUCAAAACUUAACUGGUGUCACCAAAGUUGACCUAUUGAAUCUAGUAAUAAUAAGUAAUUUACCAAAAAGUGAAAACUAAGCCCGUAUUCUAUAACUCCCAUUGCAGGCCUCUUUGCCUCAGGGAUUCCAUCCCUUUUAAAUAUGAUGCCAACAAUUUUACUUUAAUUAUGAGAACUUCUUCUAUAGACCGAAUCACCGUGAUGUCACACCAACACAACAAUCACUUUUGGGUAGACAAAAAAGAAAAAUUGAUUUGAAUUACAUAGGUAGGCCUAUGUGAAAUCAGCAAACAUUUUUUUAUUUUGUUGUCAUUUUCAGCCAUUACUGUAAGUUUGAAGAUUUAUAGUUAACCACGUUGGUCUGACCUAGCUAUCUGACGCUUCUGCUUAUUUGUGCUUAUUUUCUGUACUGUGUUGCUUUGCUAGCAUCUUUGAUAGCAUUACGAACAGCAACAUCUCACAGCUGGUCGGACUAAGUGCUGCUUUUGGCUGGUAUGUCUGUGGCCGACAGGUAAAUUAGGUCUCAUGAAAGCAUCAAACAUGCAUUUUAGAUGAAUGAGAUGAGAGUAUAUCCAGUUGUUCCUCAUCCCCGUUUGCUCAGCGCCGUUAAAUUGUAUAUUAAAUGGGACGCAGGAGUUUUCUACCCGGAAGUUAUUGGAAACAAACAUCGUGAUUGGGUCUAUACAUUCUCAAGUAACUGAACCCUCCAGUAGAAAUGUUGGGCCCCCUAAAAACUGCUCCUUCUGAGCUGUGAGACUAUAAACCCUGGCAUCGUCCAGGGCCCCUGUCCAGCUCUGGGCACUCUGAGUCAAUCAAACCUCCCAUUCGGUGCCCUUGUGGGAUGUAACAGUUGAACGAUCAUGUUUCAUUUGAGCUGCCCAAAGCCCUUAUCCUCAUGAGCUUUGAAGUAAGCUCUCACUUUGGGAAUUCUUAGUAGUCGUGCAGUGGUAUGCAGUAAAAUAUAGUCUUUAUUUUACUGUUUAAUGGAAUCUGCAAGAUUAACGUUGGCAAAAAUAUUGCUUUUCAGAUUCCAUGUAUUAUAUAUAUAUUUUGCCAAUUAAUUACUGCGCUGGGUCAAUUGUAAAAAGUGCUAAAUCUUCUUAGAUUGAGGCCUCUAGCUUUGGUGGGUUACAUUACUGUUGAAAGUGUGUAAAAAGUCUAGCAUGACCGCUUUCUUUAUUCACAUCUUGUGGCAAAAUGCAGAACUCUGUCUCUUUGAAAGGACAAUACCAGUGUUUUUCAUGUUUUGCCAUUAUGGUUAGGGUAAUGUCUGCAGUAAUGUAAAGUAAAUUAUAUGUGAUUUGUGGUAAAUAAAUGAAAACAUGCAAAAAGAAAGCUAAAAGUCAUUGAUCUGUCACUGUGCCAAAACACACCUGAGACAGAGCUACUGAGGCAGGUUUAAUGAAAAGAUCUCUCCUUCAUUCUGUGCAAUGGUGAAGUGACAGACUGCACAGCACUCAAUAUUCAUGCAUAUAUAUGCUACUGAUCUGUCUGCCAAACUGGUUAUGUACAAGUGAGCUUCAUCUCUGAUUGGGUCUUGUAUCCAGAUGCCAGAUUCCUGUAUGUACAAACUAUUUG